AUGCGAGGAUGCGAGGAUGAGAGGAUGCGAGGAUGCGAGGAUGCGAGGAUGCGAGACUGCGAGGAUGCGAGGAUGCGAGGAUGCGAGGAUGAGAGAAUGCGAGGAUGCGAGAAUGCGAGGAUGCGAGGAUGCGAGGAUGCGAGGAGGCGAGGACGCGAGGAUGCGAGGAGGCGAGGAUGCGAGGAUGCGAGGAUGCGAGGAGGCGAGGAUGCGAGGAGGCGAGGAUGCGAGGAUGAGAGGAUGCGAGGAUGCGAGACUGCGAGGAUGCGAGGAUGCGAGGGUGCGAGGAGGCGAGGAUGCGAGGAUGCGAGACUGCGAGGAUGCGAGGAUGCGAGACUGCGAGGAUGCGAGGAUGCGAGGGUGCGAGGAUGCGAGGAUGCGAGGAGGCGAGGAUGCGAGGAUGCGAGGAUGCGAGACAGCGGGUCUCGGAACGAGAAGACGCCGAGGAUCAGGAGCCAGACGGGGUCCCACUGGGGCAGAGCGGGCCAGGGUAGACGGACUGGAGGCUUGUGGUGGGGCGAGCGACGCCGGGGGCGUAAAGAACGGAAAGAACGAGCAAGUGUGGUCGAUGAGGAGAGUGAACGGGUCGUGAAUAAUGGAAGACUGGCGGAGGAGAAUGAAGGAGAGCGAUACCCGAAGAUGAAGAGGAAGUGGAAGUCUUCAGGCCCAACGUACAAGCCCCAUGCGACGCAGACGGAACGACGAGAAGAGAAAAUGCGUGCUAAGGGCGAAGGUUCUUACAGGCGACUAGAUAAGGCGGGGGGCGCCGGCUCGGGGACUGCUCCUGUGCUCCCGGGACCCCCGCGGGGACAGGCGCUAAUGAAGUCGUUAACCUCGACUGUCGAGCCGCGCCGCAACCCCCGCUCUCACCGGCGAUAG